AUGGAAAAAAUGUUUAUAUGUCGUCAACUUCAAUGUUUCAAGUUCAAAUACUUAUUACUUUUCGUAUUUGUCACUUGUUUUACUCUUGUUAUCGUCUUUUUCGUCAACAGAUCUUCAAGUAACAUUUCACUAUUGGCAACAGGAAUUGAAACGAUCUCUACGUCUUCAAUAAAUACUACUCGUCACUUAUCCAAGGUUAAUUCGUCUAACUGCCUUCAAUCAGAUACUCGACCUUUUUUUGAACAAGAAUAUCCACAAAAGAAUUUACCUCAACGAAUAUCAAAUUCAUCAUAUCAAAAUAUUCUUCAUCAACUUCAUUCUCUUCGUUUAAUUGUCGUAGCAUGUGCUCGUAAUGUUGAAAAAGAUAUUGAAAAUUAUCGAUCUCAUGUUGAACCAAUUAUUGAUCUUUUUCAUCCAUCAUCUCGUAUUCUCAUUUUCGAAAGUGAUUCAAAAGAUAAAACUGUAGAAAAACUUUAUCAAUGGCCUCGUGCACAAGUUUAUACAUAUGGUAAUAUGAUGAAAUCGCAUCCAGGACGUACUGAUCGUCUUGCUUUUUGUCGCAAUACACUUCUUAACAAAACACGUGAUCUCAAAGCUGAUUAUAUCUUAGUUACUGAUUUAGAUGCAUUUUCUGCAGCAGUUCCUGCAUUUCUUUCAAAUUUUCAAUAUAAUAUAGAUGAUUGGUCAGUAAUGACAACAGCAUCAAGUGGUGCAUAUUCUGAUCUUUGGGCAUUACGUACAUUAUCUGAUUCAGUUAUGAAUUAUGAUGUAUGGCGUCGAAUGGGAGAGUUAGGAGGAUCUGGUAAAAAUCAUUGUAGUCCAGCAGAAAUUAGAUAUUUAGCUCUUGGUAUUCAUGAAAAAGUUAUUCCAAUUGAAUAUGGUUUACUUGAAGUACGCUCAGCUUUUGGUGGUGCUGGAUUAUAUAAAUUAAAUUCAACAUAUGGAUGUCAAUAUAAUGGAGCUACUUGUGAACAUGUAGCAUUUCAUUUAUGUAUACGAAAAAAAAAUCAAGGAAGAAUUUUUAUUAAUUCUGAAUUUCGACUUAAUUAA